UAUUCAAUCUGUUCAUUGCGUGACAUUGCUAUUUCUCUCGUGCAAUUUCUCAUUAUUAUUUCCUUAAAAAUAUUUAAUCAAUUAAAAUGAAGCAAAGCAUGUUUUCGAAUCGUUACAACAAUAAGCGACGCAAUUUUUACGAGCGUUACGAAGCUGCGAGGAAGCGUCAUACUAGUUUGCCCGAGUGCGAGCGUCCGGUGGAGCCAACUGAACUGAAGCUUUCAAACUUUUCCGUCAAUCGCCGCCACUUUUCGUAUCGUCAAGUGGCCAAUCAAACGCGAGAGCAGCUGAAGAACGACCUCUGGCUAACCAGUAAUCGACUGCCCAUUGUGGUGCGCCACAACAUCGAGCAGCGGAACAACAAGCCUCUGAUGUCCAGAUACAACGCGGAAGGGGCUACCCAUGAGUUCAGCCAUAAUGGCAAACCACGGCGUGGUCGUCCUCCAACCGCCGCCACUGCAGCCAAAUUAGUGUCUGAAUUCGCCCUUCAAGUCGGUGGCAUUUCCAAAACGCUGCCCGACAAAGAUGAAGGCCAGUCAGGAGGGUCGUUGGAUGUGCAGUUGAAGACCAAGAAAGCGGACAAGAUUACGGACAAGACUGCGGACAAGAUUCCGGAUAAGAUGGCAAGCAAUGUGGCGGACAAGAUUCCGGAUAAGAUGGCAAACAAUGUGGCGGACAAGAUGAUGGACAAGGUGCCGGACAAGAAGACGGAUAAGAUGCCGGAUAAGAUGGCGGAUAAGUUGGUGGAUAAGAUGGGGGAUAAGAUGGCGAACAAUGGGACGGACAAGAGGUUCGAAAAGGUGGCGGAUAAGAUGGCGAACAAUGGGACGGACAAGAUGACCGAAAAGGUGGCGGACAAGAAGGCGAACCAAAUGGAGGAGGACUCCAAGAUCUCGGGCUCCGUAAACAUCAAAGUCGAAGGGGUCGAGCAAAAUCAAGCGGCGCCACAGCCAAGUUCGAUGACCAAUACCAAUACUAAUGCCAAUCAGGGUUUUACCGCAAACUGGAACUUUAGUUCAACUUUAAGCGCUUUUCCUAACUCCGUACAGAGCUUGGAUUUUAACUGGGCCGAACACUUCAAUGCUAUAUCAAACCAGUACUACAAUCAUAUCAUAAACUCCCUCCCGUUUUCGGGACGGAUGCAGUCGUUUAACCCAACACCUUUUAGCACACCUUUUCUUGGUGUUAACCCAUUGAUGAUGGGUCGUCACCCACCAUUUCGGGUCUAUACUUGCCCGAUGGAAAGCUGCAAGCAAAACUUUGAUACGCGACGCGCCAUGUACAAGCAUCAACGCGAGACUGGUCACCACGCCUGGUCACACAACUGCAACAAGUGUGGCCAGGUCUUUCGCACAGCGGGCUUCAAGCGCAUGCACUCCCCUAAUGCCUGUGAGCGCAAUCUGCACAAGUUCAAAAUCGCUAAGCCGAAUGAAACUAAGCCAAGAACAAAGCCGGAAUAACUCUGUCCUACCUCUGGACUGAGCGCUUACACAGCUAAAAACAAUUAAUUCAACAUCGUUUUUUUCUUUAUAAAACAAAUUUAUUUGAGGUGUUUUCCAUAAAUGUUGGAACACGAGAAAAUGUGAUAGGAAUAUUUUUAUCAUCAAUAAAGAACAUAAC